UUAUCAGCGAUGCGGGAACACGGAAUGGCCAUUAAAGGUGUUGCCAUUGUUGGCGUUGACGUUUAGUCGGUUAGUUCACAUCAAACAACACAAGCGAACAACAAUGGCAGAGCACAGCUGGAGGCACUUUAGCCAUGGGAGCGUACCACCAAAUGCGGUUGUUGCCGGACAUGAUUCGGAUGGCGAUACGAUUUACAUUGGACGCGCCUUCUAUUGCAACGAUAUGCUGCCAGCGAAGGUGAUACCGAACAAGGGCAAGGCAUACGUGGCGUAUGCGCGUCAGGAGGUUGAGCUCGACAACUACGAGGUGCUCAGUGGCCACAACUAUGAAUGGCUGCCGGCCGAGCACGGAGCCGUUCCCCCCGGUGCCGUCAAAGUGGGUCGCAAUUGUGACGGUGAAUAUCUGUAUGCGGGACGUGGCUAUCAUGCGGGCAGCUUAACCGUGGGCAAAGUGCAUCCAUCGCAUGGCUGCCUCUAUAUUCCCUACGAUUCCGAUGAGGUCAAGAUCUUUGCCUACGAAGUGCUGUCACAGCCCGAACGUUGGAUCGACACCACCGCCGGCAAUCUGCCCCCGGGCGCUGUCCUCGGUGGCCACGAUUCCAAUGGGGAUGCCAUCUAUGUGGGUCGCGUCUUUCGCAAUGGCGAUCUCCUGCCCGCCAAAGUGGUGCCUGCCAAGGCCACAGCCUAUGCUGCCUAUGCCCAGGCCGAGCAUGAGGUGACCGAUGUCCAGGUGCUCGUCGGAGCUGGCUAUCAAUGGGUUCAAGCAUCCCAUGGCAAUGUGGUGCCCAAUGCGGUGGCAUCGGGACCCAAUUGCGAUGGCGAGACAUUGUAUGUGGGUCGGGCGCAUUACUGUGACAGUGUGACAGUGGGCAAGAUACAUCCAUCCCAUGGCUGCAUCUAUAUUCCCUUCGGUGGGGAGGAGGUCAAGCAGGAGUUCUACGAGGUGUUGGUGCGUACGUAAAAACUGACUCAUAAUGCACUCGUCGAAUGUGUGGUGUGGUUUUAUCGAUUCGCUGGGUGCCCAUAAAAUGAAAUGAAUGUGGGUGCCCUCGAAUGGGCACAGUACAAGUAUUAAAUAAAUUGUAAUGAACGGAAA